UGUUGUAGCAGCCUUCACAGCCGCUUUCCACUUUUAUCCCCGUUAAACUAAUCCGCAAGAGAUUUUAUUCAAUAGCAAACGGAGUUGGGAAAGACGGAACUGCCUUUCAUUGGCAAUCCAACUACGAUUGUACAUACAAUCCUUUAGAACAGUCGUGAAUACACUGUAAAAGGUCUAAAGACGUGGUGAAUUACUACAUGGGAACAAAUAUAAAAGGACGGAGCGCAGAUUUUCCAGCAGAGAUCAACGGCGCUGGAAUAUAAACAUGGAUGACGGGCAGCAACGAUGGCUUUGAAGAAUUAAGGCCGAAUUGCUUCUCAUUUGUUUUCCUUUGUGCACGGCGAAUGGUUUUAAAUCUGCGUUUAUGUUAUUGCUUUUGAAACGCGACGUGCCAUUGUCUGAUCGUUUCGAGAAGGAAGUUGUCGGGAUGGCUCCUGGUUCGCUAGCCACAAUGGCCCCUACUGGGCCCAACAUCUCCUGGUUUCCAAAAGCCCCUCUGCUGACUCCAGAACAGCCCAUUUUCCUCAUGACAACCACAGCACAGGCAUUGUCAGGGUUCUUUGUGUGGACGGCACUUCUACUCACUUGCCAUCAGAUCUACAUGCAUCUGCGUUAUUACAGCUCUCCCAAGGAGCAGAGGCACAUAGUGCGCAUCCUUUUCAUCGUACCCAUCUACGCCUUUGACUCCUGGCUCAGCCUUCUCUUCUUUACCAACGACCAGUACUACGUGUACUUCGACACAGUCAGGGAUUGCUAUGAGGCAUUUGUGAUCUAUAACUUCUUGAGCCUGUGUUAUGAAUACCUUGGAGGAGAGAGCGCUAUAAUGGCUGAGAUCAGAGGAAAACCCAUUGAGUCCAGCUGUAUAUAUGGAACAUGUUGUCUUUGGGGCAAGACCUACUCCAUUGGCUUCCUUCGAUUUUGCAAACAGGCCACUUUGCAGUUCUGUGUGGUAAAACCCCUGAUGGCUAUGAUUACAGUCAUCCUGCAGGCCUUUGGGAAAUACCGUGAUGGGGACUUCAAUGUCGCAAGUGGUUACCUGUACGUGGCCAUCAUCUACAACAUCUCAGUCAGCUUGUCUCUCUACGCUCUUUUUCUCUUCUAUUUCGCCACCCGAGACCUUCUCAGCCCCUACAGGCCCAUGCUCAAGUUCUUCAUGGUCAAAUCUGUCAUAUUUCUCUCCUUCUGGCAAGGCAUGCUGCUGGCCAUCUUGGAGAAAUGUGGUGCGAUUCCUAAGAUCAGCUCUCCUGAGGUUUCUGUCGGCGAGGGAACCGUUGCAGCUGGAUACCAGAACUUCAUAAUUUGCAUCGAAAUGUUCUUUGCCGCCUUGGCCCUGCGACAUGCGUUUACCUACAAGGUCUACAUGGACAAAAGACUGGAUUCCCUUGGCCCUGUUCCUACAUAUGGACAGUAUGGUCGCUGUGCCCCCAUGAAGAGCAUCUCCAGCAGCUUAAAAGAGACCAUGAACCCAGGAGACAUGGUUCAAGAUGCCAUCCACAAUUUCUCCCCAGCUUACCAACAGUACACCCAACAGUCCACUUUGGAGCAGGGGGUCACCGCACCACCCAUAUCCCGCAAUCACAGCUGCAUGAGCGCCCGGGACAAUGAGAAAACCCUGCUGCUUAGCUCAGAUGAUGAAUUUUAACUCGCUCACCCGUCGUCUUGAGCAAAGGUACUCCGUAAGGGACCGUUUACUGCUGCGGUAGUGUAAUGAUGAGGUUACGUUAACAUAGGAACAGGUUAUUAAAGGACCAUCUUAAGCACGUAGUGCAGUAGAAUAUGAAAUUAAGCUGCUUAUACUUACGUCUUUAGUGGAAAAAUCUCAAUGCGCUUUUUUCUGAUGUUGUUGUUUAUACAAAGAGUAAAUGCAUUCAUCCUAGCCAAAUUUUGAAAACACACAUGGUCUGAUAUUUCAAAUGUAUUUUUUAUGCUUGUUUUAAAUAGGGGGUGUUUGGACAUCCCAGAAUAUUUAUAAAGAGCAGUGUAUUGGAUGGCCCACGUUUGUUGGGAAUGUUUCCGUUUUUGAUUUACAAGUUCAAGUGCACCUUUGCUUCUAUUUCAACAGUGUUUAUAGCUUCCCCAGUGAAUUAAAGGCUAUAAAUGACGGUAGAGGGAGUACCAGCUGUUCAAACACACCGUUGUUUGUUUUGACGGAUGAAUCAGGGGAUGGGAAGAGGGUGAUGGUCCACGAUAAGAUUACAGAUUAAGGCGGUCUGGAUUAUAAGGCUGUAAUUGGGACAUUACUCGCCUGGGCAGAUUAGCACAGGCUUUUAGAAAAGUGUGACUGUCCUGGACCGCUGCAGAAAAAGCAUCUAGGUUAGCUGAUUUAGGUUACGCUGCUUAGCGUAUGCUAGACUUUCACUGAGAAAGAACAGUCAAGUACCAUCAGUUUAAUUGUAUUCUGUUGUCUGACAAUGGAAAUUUGUAUAAUUUGGAAAUUUAAAGUGACAAUUCACCCAGUUCUGUCAUCAUUUAUUCACCUUCAUGUCAAACCACAAAGGCAUGUUUCAAGAUAGUUGAAGUCAAAAGUUUGCAUGCACCUUGCAGAAUCUGCAAAAUGUUAAUUAUUUUACCAAAAUAAGAGGGAUCAUGUAAAAUGCAUGUUAUUUUUUUUGUUCAGUACUGACCUGAAUACAAUAUUUCACAUAAAAGAUGUUUACAUAUAGUCCACAAAAGCAAAUAAUAGUUGAAUUUGUAAUGACCCUGUUCAAAGUUUACAUACGAUUCUUAGUACUGUGUUGUUACCUGAAUGAUCCACAGUGUUUUUUUUUCCUUUGUUUGUCCUGAACAGUUACACUGCCUACUGAAUCUUCCAGGUCUCACAAAUUCUGUUGUGUAUUUAAACCCUUUCCAAAAAUCACUGUAUGAUUUUGAGAUCCAUCUUUUCACACUGAGGACAACUGAGGGACUCAUAUGCAAUUAUUACAGAAGGGUCAAAUGCUCACUGAUGCUUCAGAAGGAAAAACAAAGCAUUAAGAGCAGGGGGUGAAAACUUUUGAAUUUGAAGAUCAAGGUAAUUUUUCCUUAUUUUGUCUUCUGGGAAACAUGUAAGCAUCUUCUGUAGCUUCUGAAGGGCUGUUUUAAAUGAAAAAAGUAUGAUAUUUAGGCAAAAAAAGAAAAAUGUACACAUCCUCAUUCCGUUCAAAAGUUUUCACCCCCCCGGCUUUUAAUGCAUCGUGUUCCCUCUGAAGCUCCAGAGAUUGGGCAGUCAUUGUUGGAAAGGGUUCAAAUGCACAAAAAUGCUGAAAAACCAAAGAAUCUGUGGGACCUGAAGGAUUUUAGUGAAAAACAGUGGGCAGUUUAACUGUUCAGAGACUCAUGAACAACUAUCACUAAACUAA